AUGAGUUUAAUAGAGGAUUUAGAUUCAUGCAUGGAAUGCAAUCAAUGGAAUGAUAGUUUGUCAACAUUAAGCUGCUGCAAUACAAAAAUAUGCUCCAAUUGUUUAAAUAAUGAUUAUAUUAGUACACACAUUUGCAAUAAUAGUCAACCUCAAAUAGAACAACAGCAAGAGCAACAACAGCAACAACAACAACAACAAAAUAGUUUAGAAUACAAUAAAGUUUAUGAAAAUUUAUAUUCAAGUUUUUUAUCAAUAAACUCAAAAUUUAAUAUUGGUUUGGGUUCAAGUCUUAAUAGUAGCUUGGGUGCAUCUGCAGACGACGAUGAAGAUAUUUCCGAAGAUAAUAUUUUUGAACAUAUUCUUCUGCCAAAAGAUACCCUUCAAGGUUUAUCAAUAAGAUAUAAUGUAUCUGUAAAUGAAAUAAAAAAGAUUAAUAAUAUCCAUUCAGAAGAAAGACAUGGCAAAUUAAUUUUAUUAAUCCCAAAAAGACCAAACCAAAACAGACAACAAAAAGAAGAAAUUCUUUCAAAUCAAGAACUUACCGAAAACUUAAAGAAAAACGUCAUUGCACGUUAUAUGAAGAAAUCACGUUGUUCCGACCAAUCAUUGGUUGAAACUUAUUUAGAAAAACAUUCAUACCACUUUUUUAAUGCUUUA